UAAUUUCUAAAUCACCAAUUAAUUAAUAUGGCUUCUCCUGGACUAGUAAUUUUCUUUUUGUCUUGUGCAAUGUUCCAAGCUUUUCUUGUUUCCAGUUCCAAUUAUGGUGGUCUUUUUCCAGAAUUGUACCAAUUCUCAUGUCCUCAAGCAAAUGAAAUUGUAAUGUCUGUUUUGGAAGAGGCAAUUGCUGAAGAUCCAAGAAUGGCUGCUUCUUUCCUAAGACUUCACUUCCAUGACUGCUUUGUCCAGGGGUGUGAUGCAGCCAUAUUAUUGGAUAAAAAUAGUGCAUUCAAAAGUGAAAAGGAAGCAGGACCAAACAAGAAUCCUCUAAGGGGAUUUGAAGUAAUUGAUGAAAUCAAAGCAAAAUUAGAACAAGUUUGUCCUCACACCGUCUCUUGUGCUGAUACUCUAGCACUUGCUGCUCGAGACUCUGUCGUCCUAGAGGGCACACCAUAGGGAUGGCAAGAUGUGUAUCAUUUAGGCAAAGGCUAUACAAUAAAAAAGCAGCUAGCCAGGGGAAGUCCAAGAUCAUGCACCAAAAGGCCAUGAAUGUACAUAAACCGACGAGAAUAGGAUAUAUGACAUAAGAGGACACAUCCGGAUGCUUCACAAUUGAGUAGACGGAAAAAGCUGUAAUACCAGCAGUUAUUGCAGAUAGACCUGUAGAUAUCACAAGUUCGACCAGCCCCAUCACCCUUGUCUAUGUAAACACAACAUGCUGCUGCUUCAAUGUCUGCUUCCACUUCGUCCCUCUGAUCCGCCGCCAUCUUGAUCAACAAUGGUAUAUCAAUGUCCAUGCAACAUCUAUCUAUCUAUCUAUCUAUCUAUCUAUCUAUAUCCUAGUUCUAGUUGAACUCGGAAACAGAAAUUAAAGGGGCCUUGUUAGCUGAUUCAUAAAAGGAGGACUCUUCUCCUACUUGGAGUAGUACUAUAUAUUCAAGUGUCAUUAGAUGUAUUGAAAGAUGGGCAGGUACAACAUGGUUACAUGUCUACUAUUUAUUAGCUACAUACUUCCAUUAAAGCCCAUUAAAUAUUACAAAAAUAUUUCUAACGU